AUGUUAUGUCUAUGGCAAUUUAGUAAAGUUUACGAAGGAUCCUUGUUAAAAUACACCAACGUGGUAAAAGGGUGGCAAAAUAGAUGGUUCGUUUUGGAUUUCCAAAAGGGUACCCUAACCUAUUUCCUGACAGAAGAUAAAAGAAAGCAAAACAAUCCCCGUGGAUCCUUACCUUUAUCGGGCGCUUUAAUUUCUCCUAGUGAUGAAGAUUCUCAAUCAUUUGGUAUUCACGCUUCAACGGCAGAAGUUUACAAAAUUAAAGCUGCUGAUGCUAAAAGCCGUCAGGCUUGGAUCUUACGUCUUAGGAAGUGUGCUGAGCAUCAUACAAAGAAAAUUGCUCUGAAUGUGACGCAACCUCAAACUAUUGGCAGUCGUAUUACAUCUCUUAUGAGCUACACACCAAGUUUCAGAUCGAAAGAGCGGCCACCUUUUGCAACGAGACGUUCAUCGACAGGCGGAAGCACCGCUUUAGACGCAAAAUUGAAAAAACUUUUAAGCAAUGCUGAAGUGCACUGUUUAAAUUUUCGGGAACGCCUUGAGAGAUGCCCGUUAAGUGGAGGAGCACUAAACAUUGUUGAUGAUAUCGUGUUGCUCUUAAAUGCUACUUCAGCAGCUACGAUUGACGUUCUUAGCGAUUGUGCCAAACUUUUACAACAACGAGUUGCUGAACAACAACAUAUGGCUGGUCUGCCCGCCGGUAAUACCAUUAAAUGGUAUACUCCACAACGUAAUCCAUCUGACAAUCAGAAGGAUGCUAAGGCUGCAAACAUUUCGAUCAAAACGUCUGCGGUCAAUCCACAAGCUAAAAAGGAAUUAUUCUCUGAUGAAAUGAAGGUGUCUUCAGAAACUAAAGAAUCCUCAAUACACACCAUUCCAGCCGACCAAAAUACUGCUAAUAAUAUAAAUGUAUCAAAUACUACUAAAUCACAUAAAAGCGUAAUAAUGCAUUUACUAGGACAACUUAAGCUUGGAAUGGAUUUGACAAAGGUUACUUUGCCAACAUUUAUUCUAGAAAGGAGAUCAUUACUGGAAAUGUAUGCCGAUUUCUUUGCCCAUCCUGAUCUUUUUCUUCGCAUUGUGGAUGGAUUAACGCCGAAGGAAAGAAUGCUUUACGUAAUAGAAUGGUACUUGACGUCAUUUCACUCAGGAAGAAAGGGAUCAGUAGCGAAAAAGCCUUACAAUCCUAUAAUUGGGGAAACUUUUCACUGCUCUUGGAACUUAAACAACGUACAAAACGAUCUAGGAGGACCACCGCAAACCGGUGAUUUGUCCUUCGUGGCUGAACAAGUUUCCCAUCAUCCUCCCGUAUCCGGAUUUUAUGCCGAAUGUGAGAGUAAGCGUAUGUGCCUCAAUGCACACAUUUGGACUAAAUCCAAGUUUCAAGGGAUAUCAAUAGGGGUUGCGAAUGUAGGUGAAGCUGUACUUAGUCUCAUAGAUUUUGGAGAAGAUUACGUUUUUACAUUACCGAGCGCAUAUUGCAGAUCAAUUUUAACGGUGCCUUGGGUUGAACUCGGUGGCAAAGUAACAGUGGAAUGUGCUGCAACUAAUUAUUCAGCUGCACUUACGUUUCAUACAAAGCCGUUCUAUGGAGGAAAGAUAAAUCGAAUAUCAGGAGAUAUUAAGCAUCCUUCAGGACAGAUUAUGUAUCGGAUCAAUGGAGAAUGGAAUGGCACCAUGGAAAUCACUGAUACGGCUGAAGUCAAUAAAGUGAUAAAUACUAAAGCAUUACCUGUAGUUAGUAAAAUUGUUCAGCCACUGCGAUCUCAAGGAGAAUUUGAGUCCCGACGUUUAUGGAGACAUGUUACCAAGGCUCUAAAAAAUAAAGAUGUAGACAGUGCAACGAAAUAUAAGAGGACUCUCGAGGAUCGUCAGCGAAGUGAGGCUCGGCAGCGAAAAGAGGAAAAUAAAGAAUGGGAAACAAAGUAUUUCCAAAAGCGUGGGGAUGGAUGGCUAUAUAGCAAUAAUCUAAAAUCCCGCGAGGAAAACCUUAUUUGA